AUGGCUGGCCAACACUGCCUGAAUCAGACUUUGUUUCCAACAUUGAAUGGCGAAAGAUGCACUGGCAAUCUGGGGUACCGGUACAUGCCUGGUGGCAGUGCUAGUGAAGAUCUUCUCAGCCGCGAUACCUGA